UGGAAGCGCUCUCAGACACUUGAUGCUGGGCACCGCUAUCUGAAAGAGGAGUCUUUUCUGACCGUGGCCUGACUGCACAGUCUCCAAGGCUGGACUAGAAAUCAUGCCCGUGAUUCUGGGCUAUUGGGAUAUCCGUGGUCUGGGUCACGCCAUCCGCCUGCUCCUGGAAUACACAGAGACAAGCUACGAAGAGAAGAGAUAUGCCAUGGGGGACGCUCCUGAUUAUGACCGAAGCCAGUGGCUGAAUGACAAAUUCAAGCUGGGCCUGGAUUUUCCCAAUCUGCCAUAUUUAAUUGACGGGUCCUACAAGAUCACUCAGAGCAAUGCCAUCCUGCGCUACCUUGGCCGCAAGCACAACCUGUGUGGGGAGACGGAGGAGGAGAGGGUUCGUGUGGACAUUGUGGAGAAACAGGUCAUGGACACUCGCAUUCAGAUGGGCACACUCUGCUACAGCCCUGACUUCGAGAAACGGAAGCCAGAGUUCCUGAAGGGCCUCCCAGGUCAGUUGAAGCUCUACUCUGAGUUCCUGAGUCAGCGGCCAUGGUUUGCAGGGGACCAGAUCACCUUUGCGGAUUUCCUCGUCUAUGAUGUCCUGGACCAGCACCGUAUAUUUGAGCCCACGUGCCUGGAUGCCUUCCCCAACCUGAAGGACUUUGUGGCCCGUUUUGAGGGCCUGAAGAAGAUCUCUGCCUAUAUGAAGAGCAACCGCUUCCUCCCGAGUCCUUUGUACUUAAAACAGGCCAUGUGGGGUAACAAGUAGUACCCACACUGCUGGUGCUGGCAGGGAAGAUCUGUCAGUGCCCCUGGCACCCCAGACGCCAACGGAGCCGCAGCUAGCUUCCAGUAACUUCUGUGCCCCUGUCCUCCAUUCCUUUCUCUGUCUUUUGUUACCUGCCCUCUACACAAGUUCUUGCCUCCCAUUUCGCACUGCCUCUUUUCACUCAAGCCUUGAAAUUUCAGCCCCUGUCCUCGGCAAAGACCCUUCCUUCUCUUACUUGUUUCUGUCGUGUUUCUUACUAGAUAGACAAUCAUUCUCUGUGCUUGAGGAAGCUUGGUUGUUGCCCAAAGAUCCAUACUGCCUGGUGUGUAGGUUCAGUCCUCAGAGUGGGAUGGCCGACCUUGUUUGAUCUCUAGUAAAGUAUGA